AUGCAAUAGAGUUUUAUUUUGAGGACUCGUCACGUUGCAAAGCCGUAGAAGAACACACUCGUCAUAACUUCGACGAUCGCCUAACUGCAAUUAAUGUGAUACAAUUCUGUUAAUUCUGAUUUCACUAAUCAUUUUCGAACAGUAUUAUAAAGUGAGUGUAUCAUUUUCACUUUAUAUCAAAUCGCAUAAAAACAAACGAAAUCCGCACUUUGGUUCGCUGGUGACACCAGGAAGUAGACAUCCCCCAUUGCGGUUGUCUCUCUCCAGUUCCGGGCCAUCCGAGUCGUGUUUAGCCCGGUUUUGGAAGUCACCACGUCGGGAUUCAUGUUCAACAAACUCGCCGCUGCCUUCCUUCCAUUUUACCGUCGCCUCCUCCCCGACUCGUCGCUCGCGCCAUUGACACGGGCGCGCCGCCUCCUCGGCAACAUGGAGCCGGCCACGGUGAGAUGCGUCGCCGGGGAGCCCAAGAUGACCAUCUCGUUUCGCGUGGACGGCAGUCAGAAGCAUAUGCAACGGGAGCAGGACGAACCGCUGGGCAAGCUCCUGUCCCGCAUCGCCUGCACCCUCGCGAAGGGUAAAACCAAGGCAAAGAAGGCAAAGAGGAACGCGGGACAUCAGCAGCCGACGGCGGCGGGCGACACUCCGGAGCCCGCCGUGGUGAAGCUCUACGUUGACGGCGGCGAGGUGCCGCAGACUGUGCUUAACGCUGAGGCAUGGCGGGACGGGGCCGUGCUGCAGUUGGGCGACGUCCGGUACUCUGUCCGCCGGAACGAGCCCACCUUCACCACCGCUGAGCUACCGGCCUCGCUGCUGGCCGGCUUCCCCGUAUGUCCCAGGCUGGAGAUGGAGUUCGGAGAUCUGGACCACUGUGACUUUACGUGGUACAAGGAGAAGAGCCCAAACUCCAGCGGUAAAGCCGCCGGUGAAGGGAGCGCUCCGGACGCUGCCUGGACUGAAGUGGGCCAAACCCGAGUCUACGUCCCGUCCAACCAGGACAUCGGCUGCCGGCUGAAACUACACAGCACGCCCAAAGACCGCGGCGGGCGCCACGGCCAACCCGGCGAGCUUCUCUCCGUCGGCGCCGUGGAGGCAGGGCCGGGCACGUGCACCUUCGACGAGCGCCACGCGUACACGGCCAAGGAGGCGGCGUGGCCGUCGCUGCGCGUGGUCUCCUACAACAUCCUGGCCGACGUCUACGCGCAGACGGAGCUGUCCAAGACGGUGCUGUACCCCUACUGCGCCCCCUACGCCCUGGAACUAGAUUACAGGCAGAGUCUGAUCAAGAAGGAGCUGGCUGGAUACCACGCCGAUGUGGUCUGUCUGCAAGAGGUGGACAAAGGAGUGUUUUUGGACAGUCUGACUCCAGCUCUCGAUGCCUUUGGCCUGGACGGCGUUUUUAAGCUAAAAGAGAAGCAACACGAAGGAUUGGCGACCUUCUACCGCAGGACAAGAUUCAAGCUGCUGAGUUGCCACGACAUCACGCUGAGCGAGGCGCUGACAUCGGACGCGGCCCAUGCCGAGCUGCUGGAGAGGCUCUCGGCCAACGACGCCUUGAGAGAGAAGAUUGUGAAGCGCUCCACCGCUUUGCAGGUCAGUGUGCUGGAGGACCUCCACCAAGCAGGCAGGAAGGUGUGUGUGGCCAACACACACCUGUACUGGCACCCUCAAGGCGGUAACGUCCGCUUGGUCCAGAUGGCCGUGGCUCUGCAGCACCUGAGUCAUGUGAUCGGCAAGGUGGCCCCGGGAGCUCCGUUGGUCUUCUGCGGUGACUUCAACUCCUCACCAAACUCCGGUGUUCUCCAGCUGCUCACCGAGGCCUCGCUCUCCCGGCAGCAUGCCGACUGGAGCAGCUCGGGUCCCCAGGAGGAAGAUUCACCGUCGUCUUUGCUGGCAAUGGACUUGAUCUCGCCGUUUCCGCCCCUGCUGAGCGCCUGCGGGCCACUGGCCUACACCAACUACGUGGGCGGCUUCCAAGGCUGCCUGGAUUACAUCUUCAUCCAGCCGCACAGCAUGCGGGUGGAGCAGGUCGUCCCCAUGCCGGCCCACCACCUGGUCACCACCUACACGGCGCUGCCGAGCGUGGCCCAUCCGUCGGACCACAUCGCGCUGGUCUGCGACCUACGCUGGGAACCCUGAAUACGAGAGAUUUCUUAAUUCUUAAAAUCAUCAUGCCAGAUUUUAUUUAAAGUAAAAUUAUUUUAAUCGCUGCUAUUCAAUGUCAGUCUGGCUGCUUGAGUUAUGGUUCUCUUGGCAUGAUAAUGCUCGAUAUAUUAAUCAGAAUGCAUUUCUUUUUUUUUUGUAAUUUAAAGAAAAAAAUAUUUGAACUGAACUGAAAAUAAACAAUUUCAGUUUUA